CAAGAAAAGCACAACCAUGUUCAAGAAAGAAAUCCCGUCGACCAACCGCUCGAAGGUCAAGUCCUCAGUGCAGCGUGGCUUGCGCCAAAAGCUGCUGGAGACUUACCCCGGUUUCGAGCCAUAUAUUGAGGAGAUCAUGCCCAAGAAGGCAUCUUUAGAGGCCGUGAAGCUUCCCGACCGCGUUACCCUCUACACAAUAGACUCCACCCCCCUCUUCUUCCAACCCUUUGACGGCCCUCCAAUUCCCCACCUCAAGCUCGUCCACGCCUUCCCCUCCGCCCUCCCAACCAUCCAAAUCGACCGUGGUGCCAUCCGCUUCGUGCUCUCCGGCGCCGCACUUAUGGCCCCGGGUCUGACAUCCCCCGGUGGCUCUUUGCCUGAUGCCGAGCACGCGCUUGAGGCUGGUGCCAUCGUUGCUGUGAAGGCCGAGGGUAAGGAGGAGGUUUGUCUUGUUGGUGCGCUGAAGAUGGGCACUGAGGAGAUGAAGUCUAAGGGCAAGGGAGUCGUUAUGGAUGAAGGUCAUUAUUUGGGUGAUGGGCUUUGGAAGCUGCAGUUGGAUUAGAUCAAUUAAAGCUGCAUAGUACUGGACUUGGAGAGUCCGAGUCGAUUUCAUGGUGAAUGUGUGGAUGCUACGAUGGUUUAUGACUUUUAGUUUUGAUUUGGGGUGGUUGCAUAUAUACCGGAUAAUGUUUGGCAACUAUUGGCUUUCCCUGUCCA